GCCGGUCGAAGCGCCUUGCACUGGGCGGCGCGAAACGGCCACGUCGAGGUGGUGGAAUAUCUGCUUUCGCGCGGCGUCGAUCCGAACAGCACCACUGAAGACGGAUCCACCGCUUUCGCGUGGGCUUGUUGGCAAGGUCAUCUCGCCUGUUGCGAAUAUCUCGCCUCACUCGGCGUGCGUUUCAAUUUGAUCAACGCCAACGGUCAUAGCUGUUUACACAAAGCCGCACAGCGUGGAAAUCGAGACGUGUGCGAGUGGCUCUUAGAUACGCCGAGUCUGGGUCUAACGCGAGAC